ACACACACAACAUUCUCUCUCUGUCUGUCUCUCACUCUCUCCCUUAAGAAAAUUGCAGAAGCAUUUCCUUGAAUUGUUGCUGUUCUCUGCCCUUAAUGGUCUGGGGAUAACAUUAUGAAACUCAGGGAAUGGAUCUGCUUGGAAAACUAAAUGUAUGACUAUGAUCCGUGCCUAAACUCUCUUUUAUUGACGGCUUCUUCGCCGUUAUUUGGACCUGCCACUAGGAUGUGAUGCUUUGAAACAACUACAGCAAAAAUGAGUCUGAAAGAAUAAUUGCUAUGAAGAAUUACAUGCUUGAAAAAUGAAAAUGAAGUGUGAUAAAUUGUAAAUUGGCUUCAACUUGGGUAGCACUCUCAUGCCUAAUCUUGAUUGUACAACAACAGCGCCAUCUCAGUGUCUUUCAUUCUGAUUUCUUGUAGGUGACAUCUGUCGCACAUAGUUGAUGAUAACUGACAUCAGUGUGUAUUGGUCUUAUUAGAUGUGUCCCUUAAAUCUUUGAUUUUAUACCCCUUUGUAUCUGAGAGGUGAAACAUUUUUAUGGAACACUUCUAUGAAUCCAUAAGGGCCUUAAUCCUUAACCAUUUCUGAAUUUAGCACAGAGCAGAGUUGUAUCCAGGUUGUGUGUGGAAACCACAAGAGUGAUAUUGACACAGUUCUAAAGCGGAGACCGAAGUGUUGCCUAAAUAUUGUGAAAACCUUAAUGAGAUAAUAAGCGAUGCGGAGGGAUUCUAUCAUAGCUGUAUCAUUCUAACAUAAAAUAAUUAUCAUUGUUGAAGUGUUGUUUCUUAACAUGGUAUUUGAAAAUGUUAUUUACGUUGUCCCAUUCGGGCUUAUAACUUGUGUUGUGGUUAGUCAGUCAAGUUCGAAAAAGAUAAGACACUGGUGUGAAUCUGGGAACCUAGCCAAAGGGACUCUGAUGCUGUGAGAACAAUAAGCACUGAUGUUUUUUGGAGAAACUACUGUAAAAGAGGACGCACAUGCUUAACCUGAAAUGUUAUGGUUCUCAUUGUCUACCUGUUUUUAUUUCAAAGUGCAAAUGUAAACGUAGAGAAAUGACGCUGUUCCUGUUAAUGCUUUAAAGAAUUUGAUACCAAGUUACCAGUGAUACAGAUAAUGUUUUAGAAUUUAGAGGAGGUGUCAUGAUGUGUGAGAGACCCAUGUUUCCCUCAGUGGUUGUGUUUAUUUAUAUGACCUGUAGGUGUAACAGUAGGGCUUAAAACCAACUCUUCAGCAAAGCACAAUGCUAGAGAAAAUAUAGUGUGACAUAUUGCACCUAAGAGCUAUAGUUGCAGUCCCAGAAAUACUCAAUGUCAAAACUGAAGACUGAAGUUUAAUGUUGUGCACACAGCCAUAGACAGACUUAAAAGCCAUAUUUUCUUUUCUGUCAACAAUGAAUUAUCCUUGAUAACUAAUUUUAUACCAUGAGAUGGUCAAUUGAAAAAAAGCUGAAAUUGUCUGACUUUGUCCUUGUUAUAAAAAAGCAUAUUGCCAUAAAACAAUCUCCAGAUUCUGUUACGCAUUCAGGAUUGUGUGCACACAGAUGUAACCCUUUACUCGCUUAGACCUUUGAUCUGCUGAGCCUACCUCAUCCUCCCAAGGAACACCUUGCAUUUACCAGUAGCCUACUGUGCUAAACGGUUCAUCAAUAUUCUGUAUGAAACCUUUUAUGUCUAUUUAUUUAUAUACACAAUAAAAGACUGAUCCCGUGGAUACAUUUGUGCGUGUUCUUGAAUGUCCAUGGGUAUCGAAACAUUCUAUCAUCUUCAGCCUCUUUGUCAAGCAAAUUCUUACUCCGGCCCAGUUGAUGGCGAUAGUGUUCCAUUAGUUGUUUACCCACUACCACGAAACACUAGGAAGUUGGCAACGGUAGCAUCAUCUGUUACCAACGUUCAUGAACCUAUGGAUAAGAGAGAGUGGCUUCAAAAAGUCACAGGUUUUCAGGCAUGCUGUCGAGGAUACUUGGUGCGAAAGACCAUUAAAUGUGCUCGAGACGAAUACGAAGAUAUUGCAAAAGAGAUAGAGGGAGAUCUAAAUGACUUGCAUUGGAGAGGGGCUGUAAUUCAGAUCCCUGCUUUCUCUGAAGUGAACAUCUCGUUUUGGGGGCAUGAUAGACAUGUCAAAGUCCGCUCUUACACGCAACCUGACCGUGAAGCGGCGGAUGAACGCAAACCCACUCACAUUGAGGUGAUUGUGCCGGAGAGAGACACUGUCCCCAGUGACAGCACAGAAGGAGUCUCCAGCCUGCUGGAGAAGGAGACAUCCAGCCUGUUGGUGAAGGAGACAUCCAGCCUGUCAGACCGAGGAGGAGAGAGUGAACCAUGCCAGGGAGAGGCAAGGGAGCAGGGACACACGAAAAGCAUUGAAGACACCACUGCCGCUUUGAGUCGAUUAGGAUUGGAUCCAAGCAUUUUAGAGAGAAGCUCUCUUCGGCGCUCCCUGGACAAAGACCCUCCUCGGACACGUGAGGAGGCACGAAUGCUCCGCAACAAACUUGCCAUGGAGCUGCUGUGGAUCCAGCAGGCCAUCGCCAGCCGCAAGAAAUACUUGACCCUGAGGAACAACCUGGAGGACGGAACACGGCAAUCGAGUGCAGCUGCUUCAAGAUGAGGGACACAAGCUCUGAGAAAGUCCUGUAGUCAGUGAGGGAUUGACACAAAAUCAUAACUUGGAUGACGACAUUUGUAUAAUUUAAAUGAACUGAAAAUAUGUGAUUUGUGAAAAGUUGUGCUUUCUUUGCCCAUGAAUAGUGUUUGUAUAUAGAGUGUAUAUUUUGUUUACAUAAUAGAAUUUGUACUUUAAUAAAAUAAUUAUGUUUACAUA